AUGGGUGCACAAAUCAGCAAAAUCGAAGAUACAAUUCAUGAAUUAUACAAAAAAACUUGGCCCCAAGCUUGGUACUUGGCCCCACCAUUCCUUGCAUCACUCGGUGCUGUAGGUUAUGUUGGUUAUGCUUUUGCACAAACAAAACCUAUUCCAUCGUCGACCAAUGUUUCAUUGUUGCAUCUACUUGGUGUUGCUGGUGGAUUCGGUAUUAGCUUUUGGAUAACAGCCGUCCAUGGUCGUGCCAUUCAGCGUAUGCUGACACGCCAUGAAUUUGCUACUGUUCAAUCUCAAUUAUCAACAGUCUACUUUUCUUCGUCAGCUGUUUUCGCUGGCCUUAGUUUGGGCUCGUUUUUACUUCGUCAUCCAAUUAAUACAUGGUCAAAAGAAGCAACCAAUCUCGGCAUUGCAUUGAUCAUUGCAUUAGGUGCUGCUGAAUUAAACAGCCUUGUACUCAAUCCAUUAGUUACUAAUUUGAUGUUCGAUCGAAACAACAUUGAAUUUUUACAAGCAGCUAAAACAUCCGACGAUAUCGAACGCUUAACUCGUGACGAUGCCAAAUAUCGUAUAAUCAAUAAUAAAUUCAAUUUAUUUCAUUCUCUCUCGAUGGCAUCAGGUCUUGUUUAUCAUGGCGUUCAAUGGUACCAUCUCUUCUUCCUCGCUGACAAAUGCUUAGUUCUCUAA